AUGGCGUCGCCAAAAAUUUUGAAGAUGAGCUGGGGUUCCAUCUCGUUGGAGAAAAUCGGUGAGGAUGGAAAGCCUGUCAAAGGUGAGGAGGUCGUAUACAGGGAUGCUAAGGCCUGGCCUGGUGGAAGUUGUGCAUGGGAUUGGAACAAGACCGGAACCUCGCACUGGAAAGGUAUAACGCGUGAGGAUGUGGAGGAUUUGAAGGCGAAGGGUGCGGAAGUCGUAGUCUUGACUCGAGGCCAGUGGGCCUUCCUCCACGUACCGCCAGAAAUUGUGAAGGAAUUAGAGGGGCUCAAUCUCAAGGUUAUUGUGGAACGCUCACCCAUUGCAAUGGAGACGUACAACAAACUGGUCACUGAGGGACAACGUGUUGCUGGCCUCUUCCAUACCACCUGCUGA